AUGCAGAUCUUCGAAAGCGUCCAUUUUGACGACGUUAUGCCUGGCCUUCUUCGCCGUGAGAUGAAUAUAUUCACGGUCUCAUUGUUCCCUCCUACCCUCCUGGUUGCCCACGAGGACGGGAACCCCCCAAGAAGAGGGUCUGUAGAUGAACCUGCGUUCCAUACUUUCUUCUGCUGGCUCGCCAAUCGGAGUCCUUCGCGAAAGAUUUUUCUGCUUCUCGGUCUGCUCUUGCUGGGGGCCGCGACCGUGAUGCUCAGUCUUGGAACAGACAUUCAUGUUCUAGUCGUGAGUUGGUUCUUUCAGGAUCUCUACGCCGCUAUCAUAUAUACCGGCGGACUGGUUCUUGUAAAGGAUACGGUUGGCCUUGAUGAGAUCGGGAAAUGGAUGGGCUUCGUGCUGUCAUUCGCAAACGCAGGAUUUCUCAUAUUGCCAACUCUGGGAGGACUCAUUUACGGCAAGCUGGGCGCCAAUGCUAUCUUUCUUACCAUGGGAAUCAAUGUUAUGCUCGAUAUUAUACUCAGGCUUGGUAUGGUGGAGAAGGCCGUCCCUACCCUUGUUGCUCCGUUGAUCGGGAUGCUCGCGGACAGGUAUGGUCCUCGUUGGGUUGCAGCCGCAGGAUUCACGCUAGCCUCAGUGAUGCUAGCCUUGUUGCCUGAGGUCACCCGUAAUAGUGCUGGCCAGAUAGCACUUCUAUGCGUGCUGCUCACGGUUCUUGGUAAGUUUGUGCGGUCGGAGGAUUCGUGCUCAUUGAAUGAACUUAUGACAUGCUUCGCGUUUUCUCUCACUAUCCCGCCGCUGGCGGCUGAUUUGGCGUCCGCUGUCGAACACAUCAUUGGAGAAAACCCAGAGAUCGGAGGCGAAGCAGGAGGCUAUGGGCAAGCCUUUUACCUGCUCCAUUGUGGCACAUCGACAGAAGUGCUAACAGGUCCGUCGCCGGCUGGGUUCUUUCACGAUACGUUCGGAUGGAGGGUAAUGGGCUGGACUUUGCCGGUGCUGAGUGCAUCAGCUGUUUGGCCCAUAGCAGCGUUCACCGGUAAUCAAGAGAGCGGUAGCAGAGAAGAUCUUAACGUGGCAUGA